CGGGCGGCGUGACGUGGUGGGAGGGGCCGCCCAUUUUGUGUGUGGCGGCAGCAUGGAGGCGGCGGCGCUACUGGAGCGGUUCUGCAGCCCGGGGAAGGGCAGCGGGCUGCGCGCCCAGCGGCGGCUACGGCCCGGCGAGCUGCUGUACCGGGCCGAGCCCUUCGCAUACGUGGUCAGCAAGGAGCUGCUGGGCGGCGUGUGCGAGCGCUGCCUGCAAAGGAAUGAACAUCUGCACAGAUGCUCUCAGUGCAAGGUUGCUAAAUACUGUGGUAAAUCUUGUCAGAAAGAAGCUUGGCUGGACCACAAGCAAGAAUGCAAGUGUCUUAAGAGCAUCAAGCCUAAUUUUCCUCCAGACUCCGUCAGACUUGCUGGCAGGAUUGUUUUUAAACUACUUAGACAAUCAGUAUGCAUUUCUGAGAGACUCUACUCUUUUUCAGAUCUUCAGUCAAAUACUGAACAACUAAGUGAAGAAAUGAAAGAUGGCCUCAGGCACCUUGCGCACACCUUGCAACUGUAUCUGAAAGCAGAGAUCCAGGAUGCGUCUCACUUGCCAGCUGCAAUUGACUUUUUUCAGAUCUUCACAAAAGUGACCUGUAACUGUUUCACCAUCAGUAACGGAGAGAUGCAGGAUGUUGGUGUUGGCCUGUAUCCCAGCAUGUCUUUACUGAAUCACAGCUGUGACCCAAACUGUGUGAUCGUUUUUGAAGGAUACCAGCUUUUACUUCGCUCAGUCCGAGAGAUCCAGAUUGGUGAAGAGCUCACCAUCAGCUAUAUUGAAUCACUGAUGCCCACCAGUGAACGCCAAAAGCAACUGAUGCGCCAGUAUUGUUUUGAAUGUGACUGUCAUCUCUGCCAGGAUCAUGAAAAGACACCAGAGUCAGUAAUCCGUGAAGAUAAGUGCUAUAUGAACAGCCGAUAUCAAUUACAUGAGGAUGCUGAGAAAUUGGCAGGUGAAGAGAGUGCCUGGAAAGAAGUCAAAGAUGCUGUAAAUGAAGUGAGAUAUCCGAAAUCAAAAGAAGAGUGGGAGCAGGUUCUGGCAAGAUGUCAGAGUCUCUUGAGCGGUGACACGGGUCGUCUUCCAGACACAAAUAUCUACAAGCUCAAAAUGCUCGACUGUGCCAUGGAUGCCUGCAUCAACCUUGAAGCCUGGGAACAAGCUUUGUGUUAUGGCAACAGGACUCUAGGACCAUACAGACUGUAUUAUCCUGGCUUCCAUCCGCUGAGGGCUGUCCAGCUGAUGCGAGUGGGCAAACUGCAGUACAGUCAAGACAUGUUUCCUCAAGCACUGGAGACUUUGAAAGAGGCCUAUAAUAUUAUGAAGGUGACCCAUGGGACAGAUCACAGGCUGAUGCAAACCUUGAUGGACUUAAAGGAGCAGUGUGAGGCCAUCAUGAAAAUACAAUGAAGAAAUUAUCCGGUCUGGAAAACAAAAUAAUCAAGGAGAAAGGAAAUCAGAUGUUUUUUAUUACAUUAGGAAGCUUUUCAAUGAUUUUGUUGUCUUUUCAUCAGGCCCUACUUUGAUUACAAAAAUUUGUUGGUUUUCUGUAUCUUCUGAAUUGAGUUAAUGGUUGGAGGAAUAUGUGCUAUUUUCAGAAAGUUUCUAAUUUCUACAAGGCAAAAUGGUAGUGGGUAAGCCUUAGUAUUUGAUUUUAACAGAUACUGGUGAUAAAAAUACAGACAAACAUAUAGCGAGGAACAAUUUUCUUAAUUUUUAUUUAAUAACCAGAAUCUCCAGUCCAAAUACCACUGAAUGUAGGAAGAACUGAGACUUGAAUUCUAACUCAAUGAUACUUGACCCAGCUUCUCCCAUGUGUUUUAGGUAUUGAUUUCUGUAUCCAUCCCGUUAUCUCUGGAAUGAUCACAAAGUCUCACCUUACCACCUGUUUUAUGUCUGUUUAUCAGAACACCCUUUGGAUUUUUUUUUUCCUACCAAACACCUAAUUUAGAUGAUAAUACUUGAUUAUCAAUUUACAACACCCAAUUUAAUUGAUAACAAAUGCUGGGAAAUGCAUACAGUCUUAGCUUGUUACAAAAUAAUGUAAUUCCAUUGACAUCAGCAGCCAGUUUUUUGUGCCAGUUUAUGCCAGCAAUUGAAGAUCUAGUCUCAGAAAUAUUCUAUGUAGAGAGAGCAUAUUUUUCCCUUUGACUUACCAUUUGGUGUGUUUUCCAAAAGCCUGAUCCAAUACUAUUUGACAUUAAAUAAAAGACUUCCAGUGUUCUAAAAGAGAUUUUCUUCCCUUGCAUUUUAACUUUUGGGUUCUGUUCCUCUUUUUCUUGCCUUUUAUAUGUUAUAAUAGUGGAUAUUAAAAUGGAUGAAACAAAAAA